AGACUGGGGGGUCCAAAGAGGAAGAAAAAGUGAAGCAGGUCACUAUAAAUAAGGUGGUGGUAUGGCCUGAGAGGCAGGUUAACUCCUCCAUCUCUCACAAGCAGAGCAUCAGUCUGACAGCAAUCAAGCACGUGGCCCAAAUGCUCUCUAAAUGUAUCAUUAAGUGAUGUUUUAGCCAGGAAACCAAGGGCUGAGGGUUGCUCCAGGGACCAGCUCCAGGGAUCAUCAACGUCCUGCAGGACAGAAGAUGGAGGCUACCUUCCUUCUGGGGCUCACUUGCCUCUGCUCCCCGUUGACUGCGCUGGUUCUUGACUUCAACACCAUCAGGGGCUCAUCUGAAGUGUCCAGCUCCAGGAAGAGCGCACAGUGCUUGACCGACAAAGAUUGCCUGUCGGGGAAAUACUGUCACAAGCCUCAAGAGGAGCUGCCCUUCUGUGCUCCUUGCCUGGGCUUACGAAGAAGGUGCCAGGGAAAUGCAAUGUGUUGCCCAGGGAUGAUCUGCAUAAAUGAUGUGUGUGCCCAGGUUGAAAGGAUGCCUUUGGCCGAGGAGCAGAGAGAUGGGGAGCAGGCUGACUUGAGUGCCAAGGAACGGCUGCCACACCCAGCUCAAGCAGGCCAUGUCCGGAAGGAGGGAGCCGGCCCCAGGCCACGCAGCCCAGCAGGCGCAGGAGAGCACUGCCUCCGCACCUCCGACUGCGCCCAAGGGCACUGCUGUGCCCGCCACUUCUGGGCAAAGAUCUGCAAGCCUGUUCUCAUCGAAGGGGCGGUGUGUUCCAGGCGAGGGCAGAAGGAUGGUGGGGCUCCAGGCCCUGAAAUCUUCCAGCGUUGUGGUUGUGCACCAGGUCUGGCUUGUCAACGGCCCCUCAGGGGUGCCCCACAGAGAGCUCGCCUGCGCGUCUGCCGCAGCAACUAAGGAGACGGGCAUGCCUGCCUCCAGAUUCUGCAGCCCGGAAGAGGGCAGAAGCAGAGGAAGCUGGAGCCUGAAGCCUGAAGCAAAGCGGAUCUGGAUCACUCCUGUCCUCCCACAACUGGCUGGGUGGGCACGGCAGCCAUGGAAUCGGGCACCCAGGCUCCCUGGACAUUGUGCCCCCUUAGGGACUUACCCAUCACUGAAUUAUCCAUACCUGAGUUGGCAGAAAACUAACUAGCAUGAAUUUUGCUGUCCCCAUUUCUGCUCCUAACUCUAACCUGGCUUAUCACAGGGUGGGUGUCCUGAUUACAUCUGCACAAGGCACCAUAAGUAAAGUGAUCAACAGAUUCCUCCAGCUUUGCUGCUUUCCCCUCUUUGGGAAAAUAUACCGAUUUUGCAGGGUUACAGUGGGAGAGGGGGCUGUAGGCAGGAAGCCGGUCAUCUUUUGGUUUUGGCACCCCGUCUUGGGCUCAGUGAAAGCUGGUUUGCCAAGAAUGGAAAAAGGAUAAUGGAAGGGGAGCCCCCCAUCCUCCAAAAAUGCACAUUUCAUGCCAGACCUGCUCAUAUUAAUGUUGUUGGUAACUCUGACUUGCUAGAUCAGAGCUGGAUUCUCUCCCCCUGCCUCUUUUUUUGGUCCAAGCAUCAACAGAGGUCCUCCCCCCACUGCCCUUCACCCUUCAUUGUUGCCUAAUGCAGCAGAGGAAACCGCACCACUGGCUAAACAAGAAGGCGGGUGCGGCGCUCUCAGUGCCAAGAGGAUUUGCUGAGCUGACCAUCAGAGCAUGCUCUCCCUGGAUAAAUCUUUUCGUCUGCUUUGGCUGAAGGGAGUAAAAAAAAGGAUGACUUCUGCCUCUCCUUUUCAUAAAUUCUCCUUUCUUGCAACUCCUUUGCAUCAAUGUGAGGUUAUUCAUGGGCAAGAGUUGUAUGUUUGACAAUGUGCAAACUUCCCCUGGACAAAAAGGA